UGUAAUUUUAAAUUCAUUACCCCAGAAAAAUUGGCUUAAUUAACAAGUGACCGCCGCCAUAGUGAGACUUCAUUCUUUGGAUUUUUGUUUGUGUUUCACCACUUAAAAAAGGUAAGUGUCAAGUAGAGAUCUGGAACAGUUGGAGAGUGAGACGCCUAUUCCUCGCAGCAAAUAAAAAUGUUCACCUGCGAAUAUUGCAACCGCUCGUUCAGCCGUAAAGACCACCUGGCGAGGCACGGGGACUGUCGCGCAGCAGUACAAAUUUGUGACGUUUGCGGCGGGAUAUACAAAUCCGAGGGGGCUCUCCGACGCCAUAAACGCGAGAAGCAUGAGGUUCCCAAGGCGAAAAGACCCGCCGCCGCCUCUAUUGCUGCAGUCGAACCCAAGCGCCCAAGACUUGACCUACCGGAAGCUUCGACAUCAUCAUCAUUACCAUCAACCAUGCGCCAUUGUACGCAGUGUAACUUGACCAUUCCUGUAAUGAGAUGACACUUGCGUACUUUGG